CCCACUUUGGUUUCCUCUCUCCUUUUCUUAGUAACCACCAGUAACACUCGGAAAUGUCCAUGGAAACCAACUCUCUGUUCAUUCCCCCAGCUGGGUUUCCAUCAGUUCUCAGCCUUGAGCUGUUUCUAUGUCUCUUCAUCUUCGUCUUUAUUUUCUCUUUCUGGCUCUCACCCGGCGGCCUUGCUUGGGCUUUGUCAAAGCAUAAACCCCAGGCGGAUACCAACCCGGCCAUCCGGGGCCCUUCUGGGCUGCCUAUUCUCGGCUUGGUCCUGGCCUUCACCGGCUCUCUCACUCAUAGAGUCUUAGCCAAGCUUGCUGAGUCCUCUAGGGCCAACCCUUUAAUGGCGUUUUCUGUCGGGUUCACUCGCUUUGUCAUCUCCAGCCAACCAGACACGGCUAAAGAGCUUCUUAAUAGCUCCGCCUUUGCUGACCGGCCUAUUAAAGAGUCUGCUUAUGAGCUUUUGUUCCACAAAGCAAUGGGCUUUGCGCCAUUCGGGGAGUACUGGAGAGGUUUGAGGAGAAUCUCUUCCACCCACUUGUUUAGCCCUAAGAGGAUUACAUACUUUGGAGGGUUUAGGGAAGCGAUCGGGCAAAAAAUGGUGGAGGAAAUGAGGGUCAUGAUGUUGGAGAAUGGUAAGGUUGAGGUUCGGAAGGUGUUGCACUUUGGAUCCUUGAACAAUGUGAUGAUGAUUGUGUUUGGGAGGAGCUAUAAGUUUGGAGAAGUGGGUGAGGGUCGUGCUCUGGAGGAGUUAGUGAGUGAAGGGUAUGAGUUGCUAGGGGUUUUCAAUUGGAGUGACCACUUUCCUCUUUUCAGACUGCUGGACUUGCAGGGUGUGAGGAAGAGGUGCAAGAAAUUGGUGCCAAAAGUGAAUGCCUUUGUUGGAGAAAUAAUAAAGGAACACAGGGGAAAGAGGACUGAAAAUAAUGGAGUUUUAGGUGGUGCUAGGGAAACUAGUGGGGAUUUUGUUGAUGUGCUGCUUGAUUUGGAGGAGGAAAACAGACUCGGUGAAACUGAUAUGAUUGCAGUUUUGUGGGAAAUGAUCUUCAGAGGGACUGACACAGUGGCAAUCCUACUGGAAUGGAUUCUUGCCAGAAUGGUUCUCCACCCAGAAAUCCAAGCCAAGGCCCAAUCGGAGAUCGACAAGGUCGUUGGCAGCCCUACUCGAUCUGUAUCCGAUUCCGACCUUCCGAAUCUUCCCUACCUUCGUGCCAUAGUUAAAGAAACCCUAAGAAUGCAUCCACCAGGACCGCUGCUCUCCUGGGCUAGGCUCGCCAUCCACGACACCCACAUCGGCCACCACUUCAUUCCAGCUGGCACCACCGCGAUGGUUAACAUGUUCGCUAUCACUCACGACGAGGGUGUGUGGACCCAGGCCAAUGAGUUCAAACCAGAGAGGUUUAUGAACGAAGAAGAUUGUGUUUCCAUUAUGGGUUCUGAUCUGAGGUUGGCUCCUUUUGGGUCUGGAAGACGAGUGUGUCCUGGUAAAGCCUUGGGGUUGGCCACGGUGGAGCUCUGGCUCGCUGUGCUGCUUCAGAGCUUCAAGUGGAUCCCAUCUGAUCAAGGUGUGGACUUGUCUGAGAACCUGAAACUUUCCUUGGAGAUGAAGCACUCUCUGGUCUGCAAGGCUGUUCCUAGGGUUGUGAUCUGAUUGAACUUAAGUUGCUGCUACGUGGGACCUGGUAUUUUGCAGCUGGAAAUUAAGUUGAAGCUUUUUUCUUUAUUUCUUUCUUAAUUAAGCUUUUGGUAUUAGGUAAUUUGAAUAUUUGAUGAUUGAAAGAUGUACGUGUUUGGUUUCAAUGGUUUGGGACCUUGGGUUUGAUCUUGAUCUUUCUAGGGCUACUAGGGCAUACGAGGGAGUAAAAUAUCGUGUGUACUACUUUACUAGCUUUUUAAUUGUAUAAAUGAAGUUUUCAUGAUCAUA